UUCUCUGUGGCUUCAAGUGAGUUCCAAGUUGGAGACACAAAAGGGUGGGUUGUUCCACCAGCCAAUGACACAAACAUGUACAAUGAUUGGGCCUCACACAACAGGUUCCAUGUUGGUGACACCAUUUAUUUUAGGUACAAGAAGGACUCUGUGAUGGAGGUCGGUGAGGAAGAUUACAAGGAUUGCAAUGCCACUCACCCAACUUUCUUUUCCAACAUUGGAAACACUGUGUUCAGGUUUGAACACUCAGGGACUUUCUACUUCGUAAGUGGUGCAUCAGGGCAUUGUGAGAAGGGACAGAAGAUGAUUGAGAGGGUGAUGGUUCCAGAUGAGUCUCUUUCUCAGCAUGCAAAGUCUUCUGGGCACCAUGAUCCUGUUUUGUCAAUUGGGGUGUCUCAAAUGAUCUUCCUUCAGUUUGUUUUUGCAUGUGUUGCUUCCUAUGUAAUUUGA